UAAUAUCAGUCAUUUGGAAUUGAAUAUAAUCGACAAUACCCAAAUUAACCAAUCAGGCAAGUGUCAUUAACAAUUUUAUAUAAUUACAAAAAAAUUAACAAACUGAACUAUUAUGGAUUACGAAUUAUAUCCAGUCUUCGAACCCAAAAUGAUGAGGCUACAAGUUUUUUAUUUGUGUAUAUUUUGGCUAAAUAACUUUACUUAUAUUCAUGUGAGCAAGUUGUACAUUGUAGAAGGUGUAGAAAACUUAAAAUUUUGUUUUUCCAAUGUCAAGGGUUCUUAUAAGUUUAAUUCACUUACUUGCGAACUGAGCUCUCCAGAUGUGGGUUACAUAGAGCAGUGCCACAUAAAGGCCAUAGAUAGAAAGCACAACAUGAUAAACAUAAAAACAUUUUUAAAUAAAACGAUAACUCAGCUUGAGAUCCAUUUUAAGAUUGUCAAACGCGAGAGUGGCGGUUGGCAUCCCUUUUUGUACGAUAUAAGACUGGACUCUUGUCAAUUCUUAAAGAACCCAAGGAAAUUCUUUAUUCCCAAUCUUAUUUAUUCGUUUAUGAAGCCAUACACAAAUGUGAAUCACACUUGCCCAUACUUGGCUGGAUCAGAGAUGCAACUUUUGAAUUGGACUCCGGACGAAGGCAAAGUGAUAGCUAAAUUUCCCGUAGACUACGGCCAAUAUGGACUACAUACUACUUGGUACAUCAACAAAGUCGCGACAUUAAAAAUAAAUGGCUCAGUUUUAUUUUUCAAAUAAUACAUGCCCCGUAAAUAAUCCAUUUCUAUUUCUAUUAUUGUUUUCCAAUAAGUGUUUGAAGAUCAGUAAAUGGAUUUUUAAUAGACGUUAUGCUGUACAACCAUGAUUAAUGAUUAUUACAGUAACCAAACCUAUUAAAUAAUCUUCCCACUUUUUUAUUUUUUUUUUAUCGAGCAUCAAUUUUAAAUUUGACAACAUAUAGGAGUAGAUAUUAAAACGAAAAAAUCGGGUUUAUUGCUAUAAAAAAAUCCAACAUAUUAUACUAAUGAAAUCGCUUUAAACCGAAAUUAAAAAAUUUAACAGAGUUCAAUUUUGUGUUCCAGUGUUAUUAUAUCUUUAAAAUUUUUGAUAGGCUGGUUUCUGAAUUGAACUCCUGACAAAGACGGAGUUAUAUAGUAUUUCCAGUUAUUCAUUAAGUUUUUUAAACAUAAACCUUAAAAGCACACUACUUAUAUUUUAUUGCAAGCAAAAAUCAAUUCAUUAAAAAUUUGUCUAUAAAAUUGGUUAGGAUAUGGUAAUUAGCAUUUAAUAACCUACAAUAAAAUCCAAAUAUAAUAAUAUUUUUUACCAUAUGUUUUGGCCACACUUUCUAAGCAUAUGCUUAUUCAAUCGUUGAUAAGACGUAAUGUCCAACCCGCUUGCAUACUAACACAGAUUUCAAGUGGCAAACAAAUUUUUUUUCGGUUUGUGGGCCACAUUCGAGCGUGUCCAGCUUUUGGCCAUGCGACUCACGUUUAAGGCAGAAAUGGUAACAAUUCGAAAAAGGCAAAGAAAAGCAAAGAGAAAUGUGCGUUUUGGCCACAGUUGGCUGCGCAUGCGCCCGCUUGAUUACCUCCCGUAUUUA